AUGAGCCCCUCCGCCGUCGACAACGCCACCAGCGUGGACAUCAGCAAGGCGCAACUGAAGCCCAACAUUGGCGUCUACACCAAUCCUGCGCACGACCUCUGGAUCACGGAUGCCAAGCCGAGUGCGGAGGACGCAAAGACCGGGGCUGACCUAAAGCAUGGCGAGGUGACCAUCGCCAUCCGGAGCACGGGAAUCUGUGGCUCCGAUGUUCACUUUUGGCAUGCGGGAUGCAUUGGCCCCAUGAUUGUUGACGGCGACCACAUCCUCGGCCACGAAUCUGCGGGUGACAUUAUCGCCGUCCACCCGUCCGUGACACACCUCAAGGUUGGCGACCGCGUUGCCGUGGAGCCCAAUGUCAUCUGCAACGAGUGCGAGCCCUGCUUGACCGGUCGCUACAACGGCUGCGAGAAGGUCCAGUUCCUUUCGACGCCACCGGUGCCCGGUCUCCUCCGUCGUUACGUGAACCACCCGGCCGUGUGGUGCCACAAGAUUGGAAACAUGUCAUACGAGGACGGUUCGAUGCUGGAGCCUCUGAGCGUGGCGCUAGCUGGCAUGCAGAGGGCCAAGAUUGAGCUCGGUGACUCCGUCCUCAUCUGCGGUGCCGGGCCCAUUGGUCUCAUCACUUUGCUCUGCGUCGACGCGGCUGGCGCCUGCCCCAUUGUCAUCACCGACAUCUCCGAGUCCCGCCUCGAGUUCGCCAAGUCCAUCUGCCCGCGCGUCAUCACGCACAAGGUCGAGCGCGGCACGGCAGAAGAGACCGGCAGGCGCAUCGUCGAGUCCUUUGGGGGCGUCGAGCCCGCCGUGACCAUGGAGUGCACUGGUGUCGAGAGCAGCAUCGCGGCCGCCGUCUGGGCGAGCAAGUUUGGCGGCAAGGUCUUCAUCAUUGGCGUCGGCAAGAACGAGAUCAACAUACCCUUUAUGAGGGCGAGCGUGCGCGAGGUCGACAUCCAGCUGCAGUACCGCUACUGCAACACCUGGCCGAGGGCGAUCCGACUGGUGGAGAGCGGCGUGAUCGACAUGAAGAGGCUCGUGACGCAUCGCUUCAAGCUCGAAGACGCCAUCAAGGCGUUUGAGACGUCGGCGGAUCCCAAGAGCGGCGCGAUCAAGGUGCAGAUCCAGAGCCUGGAAUAG